AAUGAAAAUGAACGUUUGCAAACUCAACUCACGCAAUUACGCAACCAACAAAUGCGAGAUGCGGAAAAGCAUCAAAUUCUGAUCUCUGGCUUGAAUGAGCAGCUUAAAGGAUUAAGUGACAGAAAUAGCUUCCUUGAAACUUCACUUGGAGAAAAAGAACAAAAACUGUUGAGCACGACAGAAAAACUGGAACAAAUUGAAACUUUGAGGAAACUGCUUCAAGAAAAGGAUCUUCUGAACAAAGAGCUUGGUGAAAAGUUUGUGCAUACUGAGCAAAAACUGAAUGAAGCUGUAAAGAAGUGCAGUAUUUAUGAAGUGGAGAACACUGAGCAGAAAACAGUCAUCAGUGAUCUAACAGAAAAAGUUGCUACACUGAAGGAAAAGACUUUGAAACAAGAUGGCGUGGUAGAGUCGAUGCAGCUGGAUCUGGACCAGACAAAUGAAGAGCUUGACAAAUUGAAUACAAGCCAUUUAGAGGAAAGAUCUCAACUUAUUCAAGAUCUCCAGAAACGUGAAAGAGAAAUUGAUAAUCUUAAAGAAACUCUGGCAGAAAGAGACAGGGAGAUGUCUGUCCUGUCUUUGAAUGUGACAGAAUAUUCUGAACAGGUUAUCAUCCUGAAGCGUCAAGUGCAAUGUAAAGAGGAAGAAAUACGAGGGAUGGAAGAGGCUUUAUCAAAGGCUGAAAGAGAAACUAAUUUACUGAAAGAAGUACAAACAGCUGAUGUAAGAGAUGCAAGUGUGAAGAUAUCUGUCCUUUCUGAGCAAAGUAAUACAAUGAGACUAGAGCUAGAAAGAGUUAGAGUUGAGAAUGAAGCUAAAACCAAAGAAAAUGAGGAAUUAAUAAGACAAAGCAGUGAGAACAGCAUUACAAUUAAGGAUCUCCAUUCUGAAAUCAAAGCCAACAAUGUCGCAUACCAUAACAAACUUGCAGAGUGUGAGUCACAAAUUACUUUGCUGAAAGAACAAAUUAGUAAAUCAUCUGAAAAGCUACAAGAAACCGAGGAUAAACAAAGAAAAGAAACUGAAUAUUUGAAAUCUCAGCUUGAGGAAAACAAUACUCUAAAGGAAAAAUGGAACAAUUUGCUUAAAGAGAAAGAGUCUAAAGCACAGACACUUGAAAAUGAGUUAAAAUCAAUUAAAGAUUCAUACAACAAACUGGUUUUGGAAAAUGCUAAAAAAGAUGAAGAGUUGGCUGAGUCUCUAGAGGAGAAGAUCCUUCAAAAUGAUUCAUUACAUAAGGCAAUGGAAGAGAGUAAGUUUUGUAUUGUAGAGUUGCAGGAUGAAAUUAAAAAUCUUAAAGAUGAAAAAAUAAAGUUAUCUCAGUUGGUAGAGGAAAGAGACCUGACUGUAAAAAAUCAGGAUACAGAACUUGAGAAGUUUCAUAGGCAAGUUUCUGAAAAAAUGGAAGAAAGUACAGUGUUAAAUAAUCAGCUACAGAUAUUAAGCAAAGAAGUGGAUGUGCUUCGGCAUGAAAAGGAGGACUUUUCAAGCUUAUUGAGCGAGAAGUCACGUGAAUAUGAAGUUCUUCAGUCACAGUUGGUACAGCAGCAGUCUGAAAUUACUUCAGCAAGGCAACAAGCACAUACAGCAGCUCUAGAAAAUGAAAAAUUGAAAGUAGACAUUGAAACAGUUAAUGUUAUGGAGGCUUUGAUUCAGCAGAUGAAAGAUAAUAAAAUGGCAGGAGAAGGGCAAUAUAUGCAAAUAAUUUCAGAUCUGCAAAACCAAAUACAAGCCCUAGGUUUUGAAACCAGCCAGCUUAGACACGCAAUGCAGGAAAAAGAAAAUGAAUUUAAGAGGCAAGCCCAAGAAUUAAAGUUAUUAAAAGAUAAAUCUGAAGAGUCUGAUGUACUUAGGGUUCAACUGUCUGAGAAUAUGGAGGUUAUUUCUGACCUUCAAUAUCAGCUUAGAAAAGUGACAGAAAAAUCAUCCCAGUUGAAUGAUUCAAUAAUACAGAAGGAUGAAUGUUUAAAACAAAAGCUAGAUGAAUACAUAGGUUUAAAAGCACAGCUUUCUGAGAUACAGGAAUCUUCCGUUUUGCAGCAGAAACAGUUGGAGCUUUUAGCUUCUGAAGCAGAACAAUUAAAAGUACUUGUUUCAGAAAAAGAAUUAACCAUCAACAAUAUUUCAUUAUCUAGUGAGAAUUUAAAGACACAACUUCAAGAGAAAGAGAAUGAAUGUGAGGUCUUAAAGAAACAGGUGGUAGAGCUGGAGGAAGUGAAAGUGAAUUUACAAAAAGAAAUACAACAUCAGAAGAAUGUAGUAAUUGAGAUGGACCAGUCCUUAUCAGAAAAGGAGUCAUCUCUUAUGGAGAAUAAAAGUCUCCUCAAAACUCUGAAGGAGAAAGAGAAAAUUGAAGCACAGUAUGAACUAAGAACUGAGUUGAAUGCAGCUCUUGGGAAAAAAGAAGAAGUUAUUGCUGGACUGCUUAAUUCCUUAAAGGAGAAAGAUACCAGUAUACAGUUGGCAGAUAGCAACAUUAAUGUUCUUUCUAGUGAGAUUGAAGUUCUCAGAGGAAAAUUAGAGAAAAGUGGUACAGCUGUGAAAAACCUUACUAAGGCAUUUCAGGAAAAGAAUGAGAUGCUUGAUAUUAAUCAGAAGAAAAUUGAUUCUUUGACAGUUGAACUUGACUCUCUUAAAAAUGAACACCAAAAAGCACUAGACCAAAUAAGUACAUGGGAAGAACAACUACAGCAAAAAGAAUUGGCUAUGGAGUCUCUGCGUGUGAAGAGCACUGAACAGGCAGAUAACAUAGCAUAUUUGAAGUUAGAGUUGAACAAUAUAAAUUCCAAAUCAUCUCAGGACUGCCAUGACAAUGCGCUUUUAAUAGGUAGUCUGCAGUGCCAGGUAGAGUCUUUAGAGAAAGAAAAAAAUCGGUUACAAGAAGAUGCUGAUAAGCUGAUGGCUGAAAAUGCACAACUUACUACAUCUCAAAAUCAUUUGCAAAAGAAAUUGGAAGAGCUCCGAGAAAUCAAUGAAAAACUAGAAACCAGUGAGAAUUAUUCAAGAAUGCAGAUAGAUGCUGUCAAACUGCAGAUGAAGACUGAAAAAGAGAAGUUACAGAUGCAGGUUAGUGUGAAGGGUGAAGAACUUUCUAAAUUAGAACUUAAAUUUGAAACUCUUGAACAAAGUCUACUUGAGUCAGAAAACAAAUGGGUGACAGAACUUGAUAGGGCAACUUUACAAAACAAUAAUCUUGCUGAGCAAUUGAGCAGUUUAGAAAGUGAAAUGAAAUCAAAGGACAGCAAAAUCCAGUCUUUGCAGCAAGAGCUGGAUCUUAUAAAAGAGAAAUUAACUCAGAGCUUAUCUCCAUUGCUUAGUAGUAGGCUUUCAUGUAAAGAAAAGACGGCACAGACUUCAGAUUCUGAACUGCAGCUAAUUGAUAGUAAAAUUCAGUUGGAAAAAUUCUCCACUCUGAUAACCACUAUUUUGAGCAAAGAAACAGAAGGAGAACAAUUGCAACUGGUGCUUUUAGAAAAACAGAAAGAAAUAGACACCAUGAAAGAUGAAUUAAAAAGUAUGCAAUCACUUGAGAAGCAGAAGGAGUUGCUGAAGAAUGAGAUUGAAAAGAUGAAGGGCAAAUACAAAUCUGAAAUUGAACGUCUGUCAAAAGAAAUGGUCACAGUCAAGGAAACAGUAUGUAAACAACAGUCUCUCUUGCAAGAAAGGGAAGAAUCUUUUGCAGAAAUAAAUAAGCAGGUUGAAUUUCUUCAAGACAAGGUAAAUAAAUCAGAAGAAAUAGUAAGAACCAGUCAAGAAAAACUGCACGUUGAAGGUAAAAAAUUAGCGAGUCUCCUUGAAGAAAUGGGAAAAAAAGAUCAACUCAUCGAAAACUUAACGUCCCAGGUAAAUCAGCAGAAGGAUUUAAUUUCUGGUCUAAGCCAGCAACUGAAAGAAAAGGACUGUUCUGUUACCCAGCUCAUGGAAUCAUUGUCUAAUGAAAUGCUGAAAUUUUCUGAAGAGAGAAAUACAUUAAAUACCAAACUGCAAGACCUUGAAGCUGUUCAUAAUAGUUCUGUAGGAGAACUAAAACGAGUAUUGCAAGAACUUGAGGAUUGUAAGAAAGAACUGGAACAUAAUCAGGGUACAUUGAGCAGUAGAGAAGCUGUGUUUAAAGAUUUAAUGAAUGAAAAAAAGGAGAUGCAGUUUAAUCUUGAGAAAAUGGGCAAGGAGAAAGAGAAUCUGAAAAAGAAACUUCAAGCAGCAUUGAUAAUAAGAAGAGAUCUAAUGCAAAAAGUUGGAAAACUAGAAAAGAGUGGACAGGAAGAAAUAGAAAAAGAGCAAAAAAAAGCAGAGGAGUUGUUGAAGAAAGUUAAUGAGUUAACAGAUAAGCUAAAACUACUUGAAGUACAAAAUAAAGAUUUUGAGUCUCAUCUUGGAACUUUGAAGCAACAACUUUUAGAAAAAGAUGCCAAAAUAAGUGAUUUGACUGAAAUUUUGUCUUCAAAAGCCUCUUAUUUAGAGGAACUUCAGGACAAUAUUGCAGAACUAAAUGAUGUCAUUGCUGAAAAACAAAAUAUAUGUGAGCAGAACCUAAAAUCUUUAGAGGAAAAGGACUGCAUGCUUGCUCACAUGCAAUCUGUGCUUGAUGAAAAAGCCAGUGCAUAUGAAGAGGAACAUUCUCAGCUGCUCUUAGCUCUUGAAAAAGUGAAGUCUGAACUUACGAAGAAGGAAAAAUUGUUGAAAAAUUCCAGUUCAGAAGAGCCUGGUUUAAGUGCUGGGGACAGGAAGAAGUGUCUGGACCCCAACAAUGACAUUAAUGUCAUGAAUCAAUUAAAAAAAGAAAAAGAAGCCUUACAGAGGGAGCUUUUGGUCACGAAAGAAGAUAUGAAAAAAUUUCAGAAAGAAAGGGAAGAGCACACUAAACUUGCAGCAGAUUUUGAUGAACAAAAAAAUCACCUUGAACAACUCAAACAAGAACAUAAAGCACUCUGGGAAGUUCUUCAAACAAAAUGUAAAGAACUUGACUUCAGUCAGUUAGAAGAGUACCCUCUAGGGAAAAAGCUGGCUUCACCUAAGGCAGUGCUGGGAGAAGAAGCAGCAGGCCUAAGGAAUUUGGAAUCAGACAAACCAAGAAGCAAGGUUCAGGUUGCAUCCUUAAAAGAGUCAGAAGACAUGAUCACUUCAGUGGCAAGUAAAGACACUGAAUUAAAAGAACUAAGAAGUAAUUAUGCAAAACUUCAGGAGGAAACAGAAAUGUUAAAGAAGGAGUUGAGAAAAAUAUCAGUUGAAUUUGGUGAUGGAAGAGAAGAAACAGUCAACUUAAACUCUUUGAGACAGCAGGAGCAGUACCAGGAGCAAUGUAAGGGCAGCUUGUUGGAGGACAUAAAGCAGCUACAGAAAAAGCUGAAAGCAUAUGAAGCUGAAGCUGUAGACAUUAAGACAUCACUUGAACAUGUGAAUAAUGAGAAAGAAGCACUUAUUAAAAAAAGUGAAGAGGAUUACAAGAUGAGCCAGGAGAAACUGCAGAGGUUGAGAAUUGAAGCUGAGAAGGAGGUUGCAGAAAAGAAUGAGGAAAUAGAAGCAUUGCGUUGUUCUCUUACGGAUUUCAAAGAUAAACUUGUUCUGGAAAAGGAAUUAUUAAACGAAGCUAUAAAGGAGGGCCAAGAAGAAGCCCACCAUUACAAAACGGCAUUUGAAGAAAUGAAGAGUGAAAAAGAGAAACUUCUCAGUUGUUUAGAAAAGUCCAAUUUGGAACUAAUUAGUAUGAAAAAGGAGGUAAAACAUUUCAGUGAAGAAAACAAAAAACUUCUGACAGAGCUAUGUAAGCUACAUGAGAAGGCUGAGAUGAGUAGACCUAUGGUGUCAUGCAAAGAGCUUAAGGAAGAAAAUGAUACUGAAAAAGAAUUGGCAGAGUUUUGUUCGGACAGUAAUUCCCUUCAAGGAAAGCUACAAGGUAAAGGCACCUGUUUUCAACUAUCAGAGACUGAUUACUCUGGGAAAACUAAGCUGAGAGAAGCAACAGAAUGUCAAAUCCAGAAACAAAUGCAAAUGAUUGAAGAGACGCUGGCAAAAACUAUGAAUGUAAAUGAUUCUAAACCACAAGAGCAAAGAACUGUAGCAGAAGAGAAGUCUAGAGAGCGCCUUCAAAGAAAAUUACAGGCGGCUUUAAUAUCACGUAAAGAAGCCCUGAGAGAAAAUAAAUGUCUGAAAGACCAGGUUGAUAAGCUGAUGUUGGAAAGAGAAGAACUGGUGAACAAGACAGGUAUGCUUGAACACUUGUUAGAGCUUGGUAGAGAAAAACAAAGUUCAAGUACUGUUUCUCCAUUGUCUGAAGAGGAGAGCCUUGUUUCUGAAAAUGCUAGACUGUUGACUGAAAACGAAAACCUCACCGCGGCAUGUGAAAGUCUUAAGUCCACCAUGGAGACUAUAGUUCAGGAAAAAGAGGCCUUUUCUUUCCAACUAAAUACCUUAAAAGAUUCUCAGACAGUUGAAUUAACAGGAUGGAAGGCUAAACAUAGUGAAUUAAAGCAGGAGUAUGAAUCACUUCUUCAGGCAUAUGAGAAUAUCAGUAGUAAAAUAGCAGAUAUGAGGCAAGUUAUUGAUCUCAGUAGAAAAGAGAAGCAAGAGGCUAUUCAGAGACUCAGGGAAGGAGAAUCUGAGAAGGAGGCUCUUGAGAAGCAUUUACAAAAACUCAUUGAUGAAAAUGAGGUUAUUAAGAAUCAACUGAAACACCUCGGCGAAUCCAAGAAAAUGGAAGUUGAUGAAUUACAAAGUAAAGCAGAAAGGCAGAUACGUGAGCAAGAGGCAAGGAUGCAAGAACACCAGGAUCGUCUUCAUGAACUCACUGAACAGAAUCAUCAGCUAAUGGAAGAAAACGAGCAGCUGAAACAAACUUCUGAAAAUUUAAAGCAGGCUUUAGAGAAAAUUCAGAAUGAAAAUGAUAUCCUUCAUAAUAACAUCACUGUAACUAAAGCAGCUUUGGGAGAGCUCCAAGUUCAAAUGGAAGUGUACCAAAAUGAUAUGCAGUCUAAAAUCAAUGAUGCAUUAUAUGAGAAUGAAUCAUUGUUAAAAGACAUUGAUGUGUUAAAGGAUAAACUCUCUGAAAAAGAACAAGAUCUGGACAUGGAAUGUAAAAGUCUUACACAAGAAAUUGUUAGUCUAAAUGAAAAAGUUAAGAUUUUAGAGGAUGAUAAAUGUCUGUUACAGGAAGAAUUAGAAAAUGUACAAGAAAGUUCCUACAAAGUAAAGAAUGAGAGAGAAUUUCUUGAGACAGAAUUGCUUAAUCAUGUUAAAAAAGUUGAUCAUCUUACUGAUAGAGUGAAAUCAGCGCAGGUACAGAAUAACUUGCUGUUGCAGCAACUGGAAGAAUUAAAGGCAGAAAAAUGUAACAUGAUUAGAGAAAAAGAAGAACAGCAGUUACAUCUUGUAAAAGUGUUUGAGGAGAAGGUGAAAAGUGCUCAGAGGGAUAAUAAUGGAAGUAAAAAUAAAACGAAAGAAUUGCAAGAACUCUUAAAGGAGAAACAGCAGGAGAUCAACCAUUUGCAAAAGGAUUCUAUCAAGUUCCAGGAGCUGAUCCUGGAUUUGGAAAGAUCUGUGAAACUGUCACAGUCAAAAAGCGAAAAAUUUGAAAAGGACUUAAGUAAUAUGUCAGAAAAGCUUGCGAAGUCAAAUGAAGAAGUAUGUUGUCUCAAGGGAAAGCUUUCAUCACAGAUGAACUUGUUGGAUCAGUUCAAGAAUGAAGUGGACAGGCUUACAGAUGAGAAUCUGAAUUGGAGAAAAGAACUUAAGAAGAAAGAGGACGAACUACAAAUUCAAAAGAGAGAAUAUGAGAGAGAAUUGGAAUUUAAUCUUCAACAAUUAAAAUUGGUUCACAAAAGAGAAUUUUUGAACCUAGAGGAAAGACACGGUGCCCUUGAGAGAGAAAAAGAUAGGGCAAUUAGUGAGAUUCAUGGUUUGCAAGAGGAAGUUAGCAUUAAGGACUCUCAAAACAAGAAACUUCAAGCAGAUUUGAAUGCAGCUUUGGCACGAUUAGCUGCUUUUACAAAGUGUAUGUCCUCUCUUCAGGAUGACCGGGACAGGGUAAUCACUGAAAUGAAAACCUGGGAAAUGCAGUUCAAAGAGGCCAUCCAAAAUAAAGAGAAACAGAUAGAAGACGGUAAUAAAAGAAUAAUGUCUUUACAAGAUGAAUUGAAAGACAAAAUUACUCAGAUUCAGGAAUUGAAUACCAAAUAUUCUGUGGUAGAUGAGACAAAGGAUGAACUGUAUUUGAGGCAAAAAUCUCUUGAUAUACAACGGUAUGAAGAGCUCUGCAGAAUAAAGGAGGAAAAUACUUUUUUUUUUAACAGGCAGCAAGAAUUGGAGAGUGUUCUUCAGUCCAAAGAAGAAGCUUUGCAAGCACUCCUUAAAGAAAAUAAUUCUCUUAAUCAUCUCAUAGAGAAUAGUAAAAGUGCAGGAAGAGAGAUAAAAGCUCUGGAAAGUAAUUUUACAAGACAGGAACAAGAAUUGCAACAGCUGCUAGCUGAGAAGGAAAAAAUUAAUGCUGAGUUGCAAAAGCAGAUUACCAUUUCUGAGCAAAUGAAGAUCAUGCUAAAUAAUAAAGACAAAGAAAUUUCCUUACUCAUUUCUUCAAAAGGUGAUGAAAUUUCUGACUAUCUGAUUCAGGUACAGACUCAACAUAGAAAACAAAUCAAAGAGUAUGAACUUCAGUUAAGGUCUUUGCAGAUAGAGAGACAACAAUCUGAGGAGUCCUGCCAGAGGAUGGAAAAUGAAUUGAGAAAUCUCCAGAUGAAAGCAGACAAAGCGGGUCAAGAUAAGGCUGCAAUUGCCAGUGAAAUAGAUGCUUUUAAAAAAUCAAUGUCAUCUCUUCAGAAUGAUCGGGAUGAUCUUUUUUCUAAAUACAAAGAGCUGGAACAUCUUCACCAAGAUGUCUUAAAUCAGCGGGACAGUCUUAUAGUUGGCAAUGCAAGUGAGAAUAAUGCUUUGAAACAAGAAUUAAGGAUCCUUCUCAAUCAGAUAGAUGAUCUUCAUUCUGAAAAUGCAAUGCUAAGUGCACAGCUGAUAAAGUAUAGGGAAGAUCUUAACCAAGUUUUAUCUCUGAAAGACCAUCAGCUGAAAGACUUACUUAAGCAGAAAUUGGAUUGUAUUAAAAGCCUUGAACAAGAAAAAUACGGUCUUCAAAAACAAAUGAAAGAAAUGCAACUUUCCAAGGAACUGCAAAAGGAUACUGCUGUAUCUUUGGAACACGAAAAUAAAAAAUUAGCAUCUAAAGUAAAUGAUUUAGAAUCUUUAAUUGCAUCAUUAAACAAAGAGAAACUUGUUUCUGAAUCUGGAGAGAAACUAGUAACUAGUGAUAGUGUUCAGAAAAAAGAAUGUGUAUCAAAUGGACAGUUUGGAGAAAAUCUUCAGAAGAAGAUUCAAGAACUCCAGAAAUCAAGAGGCAGAAAUACUAAGGGUGCAGAUGAGGAAUACAGUAAGACUCUUUUGACACUUGAACAUGGAGAUGAACCUGAUGCUUUUGCAGAGAAGAUGAUAUUAGAAGUUCAGUCUCAAAAUAGUGAGCUGAGGUCCCAAAAUGAGGCCUUUGGGAAAGCAAUGACUGCUCUGCAAAAUGAUAGAGAUAGGAUAAUAGAGGACUUAAAGGUACUUCAGAGCAAAUACACAUCUGAACUCAAGACUGAAAAAAAGAAAGGAGAUGAACUUGAAGCUGAAUUGGAUGGCUUUAAAUUACAUCUUAUCAGUAUGCUCAGAGAAAAUUCUCUUCUGAAUGGGGUUAUUUUUGAUGCUGCAGAUAAGGUUACACUUGAUCAGAUUGCUGAUGAAAUUGAAAAUCUCUGUAGGACAUUAGUUAGUCGUGAGAUGGAGAUUAGCAGGCUCUCAUCUGAGUGUGGGAAUUAUGUUCACCAGAUUGAAGCGUUUUCCAAGGCUAUGGCCAGUCUUCAGGAUGACCGAGACAAAUUGCUGCAGGAACUCAGCAAUCAGAAGGUAACUUCUGAAACAAAACAGGGCACAACUUCAUUUCCCAUUGGUUGCAACAGCAUCAAUGAGAUAAAUUCUUUUAAAAGUAAUUUGGAUACACCUCAGAACGAUAGGGAAGGAUUGGCUAAAGAAGGAGCCAGCCUUGCAGCUGUUGAAAUAUCAAAACUGAAGACCAAGGUUGAUGAUUUGGAGAAGGCAUUGCAUCAGACAAAAGCCUUCCAAGCAGAAACUGAGAGAGAGAUUGCAUCAUACCAGAAUGAGCUUGCUGGAUUAAGAAUGGAAAACAACCUCCUCCUCUCAGAGUCCCAGGCACUCCGAAAUCAGUAUCAAAUCACAGUUGCGGAGAAAGACCGACAGAUUGCAGAACUACAGAAGGUGCAACAAGACAUGAUUGUUAAGAAAUCAGUCUCCACUGGCAGCAAUUACCCAGUCAAGGUAAAGAAAAGAAAUGUAUUAGGAGGCACGAAUCUAAUUCCAUCAGUUUAUUGUAUUAAAUUCGCAGCCUGCUUCCCCAAUGAGAACUAUACAGCAUAUGAUAGUGAAGUAUCAAAGGCUGAUGAGUGCAUUACCUGUAAUAUCAAGUUGGAUCUGUCUCCCCCAGUUCAGUGA